UUAGUGAAUUGUGGAUAUACAGUGCGCGAAGUCAAUUAAUAAUGAAGAACUUUUCAACAUGGAUCUUAGCCAUGAGCACUAUCUUAUACAAUCAGGUGAUGUGUUCGGAUUAUUCGAAUGAUUUUGAAGUGUUUCACUCGUCCGGUGGCGGAGCUAAAUCACAAUCGCUUUACCCCGACCCGGCAUUCAAUCAUGAUGAUUUUGAUGAUGAAAGUUCCGACGCUAAAUCCAUUCAGAAACGGUUUGCCACGCACGAUCUAAGUGAUUUCGCUAGAAUUUCUUCGACACCCGAGUUUACAUUAUCCGAUUUGUAUGUGUCGCCAGAUGAUGCUGAGGGUCGUUUUGUCCGAAGUGCUCUAGGACCGAAAAAUGAUUAUGUCGAUAGUUACAGUUCAUUUCUACAGAAAUAUUUUGAUAAAACUGACCAGAAGCAGUCCGAAUAUCAUGAUGAUGAUGAAGGUAACGAGAAAAACUCAAAGUAUCGACAGGUUCCGAAAGAAGUUGAACAAAUCGAUAAGGAACAUCAUUACGAUAAUGCAUACAAUGAUAAUGAGUAUGAUCGAAUUAAGUCAUUAUCUCAGAAACAAGAAGCUGAAAUCAAGCAGAACCCAAAAAAUUGUAAAGUGGUUGUGAAGGGUGAGAUGACAUGCAGUACUUGUAAGGAUCCAGUUAGUGGUGCACAUUCAGAAUCAUGUUCGUUCAGUUCUGCUCCUGCCGAUAAGAAAUACGCUUACAUUAAGCAACGAGCAUACAACAGCAAGGACGAUGAAAAAAAGAAGAAAGACGAGGACAGCGAAGAGGAAGAUGAAGAUAAACCGGAAGAAGAUUGGGAGGGCGACGAAGAAGCAAGCAAUCAAAAUGAAAAGAAAGUGAAACCAUCAACCACACCAGCUCCACGAGGACGUGGCCAACGACGACCAUUGCCGAAAAAAGAAUCAGCCGCCUAUACUGCACCGAAGAAUCCACCACCACAGCGCCGCCAACGAAACCCGAAUCAACGGAGAUAUAGCGCCAACUACAAGGCUGAAGAAAGCCGACCACAACGGGAAGUUAUUGGAUUGGACCCAUUUUUGUACAAAAAUGACGAUAAAUCCGAUCGCACCUACGAACGAUACUUCUCGCAUGUAUUUCCUGAAUCCAAAAAUGGCAAAUUGCAGAGACGCGAGGACACCGAUGACAGCGGUGAAGUAGAGUUUUUGCCGAACUAUGAUUCGAAGAAAAAUGUUGAGGACGUGCUAGCAGAAUUCAAAACAAAGGAUUGGUCCCAGUGCAAAAAGGAGAGCAAGGGAGACUUAACUUGUUAUCAAUGCAAAGACAAUUUUGGCGUGAAACAUGAAGAAUGCAUGUUUGUAUCCGGAUCGUCUCCAACACGCUUGGCUUAUACCGAAACUAAAGAAUACCAUGACCCAGAAGGUGUUACUAAGAAGGACAACAAAGGCUCUGGAAGCGAAAUCGUAUCAAAGACUUCGUUCGUGCCAGAUACCAGUAAGACGCAGAAAGUGAAUCGCAAAUUGAUUGUCAGAAAACGCAAAGCUAAGCUCCAAGAAGAUAGUGCUAAGACGACAAAGCCAGUAACAACAACCACUACCGAAACUGCACCGAAACCAGAAGACUCAGUUGACCAGAAGGAUGUUAUCACCAAACGAACCAUUAAGCGUAUGGUUUCUUAUCAUUAUGAAGAUCACAGCCAUCCGGAGCCAGACGUUUUGGUCUAUGAGCAUAACUUAUCCCACAUUUUGUAAUGUGUUGCAAUGCUGUUUUUUCCGUUCUCUCUGCGAAACUAUUUCUUUGACACUCGAAUCAAUUUUGUCACGGAAUCGUUGUUUUAUAAGAGAUAUUAUAAUUGUAUACCUAACGGACAAUCAAUUGAGCGUUAAAAUAUAACAAAAUUUAAAUUGAAAACGAAAGUAAACUGUGACCGUUGCAAUAGUUUCUUUUUUAUCUGUGAUGUAAAUAAUCAAAUGAUUUUUUAUAAUUUUAAUUUGAUCUUGAGUUGGUGCUUAAAAUUUACGUUUUCAAAAUUUCGCUAUUUACACCGUAAAUCAUUUAAGAAUAAUUAAUCGGAUAUGAUCCACUAACUCUUUUAUGUUUUAAUUUAGAUAUUUAGACAAAAAUUCAAUGUAUAAUUGUAGCGUGUAAGUUAUUUGGUUUAUAAAUUCUUUUUACUAACACUCCUCUACCCUUUCUACCCUAUUUUCGAAUUGUAAGAAUUCUAAUAUUAUACUAACAAGCAAUUGAUUUAAAUGGAAUUUAUCUUUUUCAUAUUUUAUGUUAUAACCAUCAUUUUACCGUACUGCCUCAAAUGUUUU